AUGCAGCGGGAAGUGAUACGUUGGCUGCAGUCAUUAGACCUCACACAACAGGUGCGAUACCCUCAGCAAGAUCUCUCAAAUGGAUUUGUGUUCGCCGAGAUUGCCAGCCGCUAUGACCGUCAAGUGGGCAUGCACUGCUACGUUCCCGGCUGCUCCGCCGAAUCCAAGCGGUCGAAUUGGAAAGUGCUGCUUGCAGAUAUGAAGCGGAUAGGUUUUUCCGCCAUAACGAAAGAAACUGCAGAGUCUAUAGCACAAGGUAAGCCAGGUGCAGCCAUUACACUGCUGAACCAACUGUACGAAUUCUUCAGCGGCCGGCCAGCCCCGACGAGUUCGGAUGACUUUAGCAAAAAGGCCAAAGCCCUGCGACGCGCGUUGGAAGGGCCUUCGACCUCUUCUGAGGGAGCCAGUGCUGCUUAUUCAAAGGAAGAGAAUCAUUCGCUCCCACUACUGGCUAGUGAAACACGUAUUUACGAAAGAUUGCGGCAACCGGGCUUCGCUCAGCCGACGGCGGCGGCUCUUCUGCGUGUCGUCAACAGUGGCGCAAGGUCGGUUUGCCUCGCUGGCGCUGUCCCUCCAGACGAGGUGAAAACGAGGAGACGCAAUGAGGAUCUGCUUCUGGAGCACGAGAUGUUAUACAAGGCAUGCAAGAGGACGGAACCAGAUCGGUUCGAGCCGAAGAAGCGGCCACACACUGAUACCGUGGUGCGCCCAAAGAAACAGGUCGAUUCCUUAAAAACAAAGCAGGGUGUUGUUCCCUUGAACAUAGGUGGUUCAACGGUUCACUUGGAGUUGCCAAACGAUCAGGUGGCCGAUCUUUUGCGCCUUCGUCCGACCGCCGAUGGGUUUCAUGCGGUUGCGGGGGAACAGUACACGGGCAACACUACGGAUAUGCAGGUGUUCAACAUCUUUAGGGCCAGCGGGACGAACCUUCGCCUCUGUUUGUCAAAGUUGCUAGGAAUAGUGUUGUGCACCGGAAAACUUUCCAUUGAGCCACUACGGUUGAAUGACGAUGUGGGUGCUGGUGAUGUUUUUAGCGCCUUUGUUGGUCAAUGUAAUAGUUUACCAUUACCAACUGCCGGAAAAUGCUGGGAAGCCGUGUCCGACGCUAGUGAGUACAUCGCACAGGUGUUGCUUGACAAACCCACAGAGUAUUUUUACCUCCUUCGAGUGAUGGACUUUCUUUUUUCAUCCGAAUCAAUGGGAAUUCGCAUGCUGCACGUACCUGGCGCUUCCACUGCUGAGCACCUGGGCGCUGCAGAAGAAUUAACUUCCACGAGUAACUGCACACGCUCCGAGGUUUCUCGUUCGACGAGCAAGAAAUACUCGAGUUAUGUCACUGUGCUGGAGGACCCCUGUUUCACCAAGCAUUCACAACAGCAGAGCGCACGAGCGUUCAAUCUUGCUGCAGCACAUGGGUUCCUCUACAACAUUGGCCUGGCUGUGAAUAAUCUCUCACCUUCGUUGGCGUUGUCGUUAAUAGCUGACUACUAUCUUCCCGCGGUUUCACCGUCUCUCCCAACAGCAAGCUCGAUGGCAUUGGAGGGAGUCUGUCGGCUGGUGGUCGCGCACCUGUGUGGCGACAGUAGUUCUCUCAAUGCUGGUGAUGACGAUGCCCCGUUGUCGCCCUAUAAAGACGGCGGGGGCGAAGGAAGGAAGGAAGAGUCUUGUGUAUCAGAGGAAGACGAGGAGGAAAGGGGAAACAAACGACCCUUUAGUGACUCAAGAUGGGAGCCCUCCAAGCAGCUGGCUGCGUUCCUUACAGGCCCCCUAAAAGAAGCCUUUUUACCAGGUGGCGUACGCGAUGUGACGAAUUCAGCCCAGCGGCGUACACAGUAUGGUUUAUUUCUAUAUCAUACCCUUCGUCACGUGCGAAGCACCUUUGGAGGAGUCGAUCUGUGCAGGAACGAGAGCAGCGUAUCUGUCAGUGCAUCAUCAGCGCAUAGGUCGCGUUUCCAUUCCCUUACUGGGUUGGGCGCCGCUGGAGUGUGUGCUUCACUUGCCUCCUCCUCGGCAAAAGAGAGGGCCGUUGGUGUGGCAACAUUGCUGGAGCUGAUCUUGUGGGACAGGUGGGAUGCAGCUAUUAAACCGCUCCUUAAAAUAAUCAGUGACACACGGCAGGAUGGAUCAUUUUCGAAAUUUGUUCGUCCUUCCGCAGAAACUUGGGAACUUCGUGUGCUUCUUCUGGAACUGUUUUCCGUCGCGUUUCACCGGGUUCUGCUCACAUUAGCGGAUGGGACCGCCGUUGAAGGAAUCCAGAACAAUGUCGAGGAAGGAGACGAUGUAUCUAGUACCCUGCCCAUUGUCAAGCAAGUUGAUUUGCAUAGUCUAGAAGAGGCCACGGUAAACUGUAUGAAGUCCUUUUCUGCUGCACCGCUGAUGCAGCGUGAGUUGGUACUUCAAAUAAUUGGGAGGAGGCUUCUUCCUGAGAAACAGCGAAACGUUGCUGCUGCGUGGAUCGACUGCUUGUUCGGCCUACCUGCAGAUCAGCUGGAAUUUCUACUCGGCGCUGACCCUGCACUGCACCUCCGAAGUUGGGGAAACAACCAAGAGAUGCAGCCAACCCCACGUGGAACAGUUUCGUCUCAGGUGCAAGGCAGCUUUUCUUCAGUGCGGCUCGUUGCAUGCCAAGAAAAUCGUCAACUCAGCCUGUCCGGUUACGCAGCAGGAUUAUCUAGUGACUUCAACACGUCGGAGAAUCCUGGAACCGAUGUGCGUGUGCUUCUCGGUCGCAUCGAAAGCGCAUACGUUGUAACUCCCCUGAAUCAUACAUGGAAUGUGUUCACUGUUGUACAAACGGUAAUUAUCUUUAAGAGUAGAAUCACCACGCUGCAACUUUUUUCGGUCAUUCACGCGGCACUCGUCAGUCCACAGGGUUAUGAUAGGGAAUUGCAGAGUUUGCUGAUGGACCUGAGGGUUCUUGGAGGCAAUGAUGGUGCUGCCUCUUCGGAAAAUGGAGUGGCGGCUGAGGAGGUACUGGAAGUGGAGGCAGCUCUUUGUGACAAGGCUAUGGAUAGCCGCUGCAGCUCCGACAUUUCAGCUGUUGUCCCAUUGAAAGAGCUUAUUAAAUGUGCUCGUGUGGGACCAGGAGCUGACCAAGGGAAACGCGGUGACGCCAGAGAGUGCGACAAGGAACUCAGUUGCGUGAUGGAUUCAUACCAGGUACCUGAGGUGGCGGCCUUCUCCACGUCUUACAGUAUCAAAUCUUGUUGUUUGGAGGAGAUGCAACAAGCAGGCGAAGAGAUAACGGGCGAGGAAACAGAUGCGUACGUGGAAUUGUUUUGGCUCUCUGUUCUCCGACGAAUAAAACCUCAGUUGGAGGAAUGCACUGCAGAUGAGAAAUCGGAUCACGAACAUGGCUCCUACAGUCAGCAGUCACAACAGAACAGAAGGAAAAGGAAAGAUGUAGACCGGGAGGCCACCUCUUGGAAUAUGUGUCGGGUCUCCAAAGGGGAAGACACCAAGCGACUGCGUAGGUUGGCUAACUCUAUAUUGCUUAAUUUUUUUAGACGCUUCGGGGGUACAAGGAGUCGGUCUGCAAGGCCGUCGUCAUUAGAUGCAACAUCACGAGCCCGAGGGUGGCUCAGUGCAAUGUAA